ACCCAGAAUCACGCGGUAAAAGCUCGCAAUGACUCAUUUUCUCUGGAAAUGCAGAACGAUCGUGGCUGUCUGACGGUUUGUGGGUUCAAUGAAGACAAAGCAGCAACAAAGCGUCACCUGCAGAUCUGUAACUGGCUCCACAUUUACCUGCUACCUGAAGUCUGACGUCAAACAGUGGUUGAUGUUUGCUUUAAUAAAACGUGUUUGUCUAUGAGUCAACUCUGAGCUGAGCUCCUCAGGAUCAGCUGAUUUAUUUUGUACAGAAACUUGAAACAUUUCACGAAGCUAAAUCUUCGGAGUCACAGGAGCUCCGAUCACUUCAUUUUCAUCCCGCACGGGUCCAGGAGAGCUUCCAGGCAAACAUGUUUACUCUGGUAGAAACUGCCACCAAAUUAAUGUCACCGGGCAGGAUAUGCUUCCUCCUGUGAGCAUCUCACUCGGAGCCAGCUCUGCGCACCUCCAGUGUUCACAACAGGAAGCUAAACUGCUUUACUACGUCCACCGGAAACGAUGCGGCCACAGUUUCUCCAACACGUGAUAGAAAUGUGCAGCUGAUCCUGCGUCAAUUUCCGGUUCCUUCAGGGCGCGGCGCCAUUAGCUGUAGGAACAAAGCAGCUCAUUGGUCGGCGUGAUCAGGUGGUCUCGGCUCAGCCAAUCGCAGGCUUUGAUGUUGCGCCGUGGACGGCCGGGUGGCGUUCAGCAGGAAGCAUUGCUGCUUCGGUUCACGGUGUUUUCCUCGAGUCGUUAACGGCGCCGGAGACUGAAAAUCCGCGCGCACGCGAACCCCGAAGAGGUGCGGAUUCGUCACCACCGCGCGAGGCUGCCGGAGGAGAGGCCGACCGGACAGCCCACGCGACCAGUUAGCCGCUAGCCGGCGCUCGGUGUCCGUCAGAGAGCUGCUUCUUUUAUGGGCGAGUGAACGGCAGCAGCCAUGACCGCCGAGCCGGACGCGCUGGCCGUGGUCAACCAGCUGAGGGACCUGGCCGCCGACCCCAUGAACCGCAGGGCCAUCGUCCAGGACCAGGGCUGCCUGCCCGGACUCAUCCUGUUCCUGGACCACCCCAACCCUCAGGUGGUCUACUCCGCCCUGCUGGCGAUCCGUUACCUGGCAGAAUGUCGAGCCAACCGGGAGAAGCUGAGGGCGGAGCUGGGGAUGAUGCUGAGCCUCCAGAACGUCAUGCAGAAGUCGACCACGCCCGGCGAGACGAAGCUGCUGGCGUCUGAGAUCUACGAGCUCCUGCAGGCGUCCGGCAGCGCCGACUCCGAACCGGCCGAGGAGCCCGUCAGCAGCCGCCGUAAAGCCCAGUUCUUCCUGGGCUCAAGCAACAAGAGAGCCAAGACCGUCGUCCUCCACAUCGACGGCCUGGACGACUCGAGUCGGAGGAGUAUGUGUGAGGAGGCGCUGCUGAAGAUCAAAGGCGUGAUCAGCUUCACCUUCCAGAUGGCCGCGAAGAGGUGCAUCGUCCGGAUCCGCUCGGACCUGACGGCCGAGGCUCUGGCGUCCGCGAUCGCCGCCACCGAGGUGAUGAAGGCGCUGCAGGUGGUGAAAGGAGAAGACGGAGACGAGGUCCUGAUCCCGUUCCCGGAGGACGGCUCUGUGGAGGUGGAGCAGAACGUGGACCUGCCGGACUACCUGCCGGAGGAGGAGAGCCCAUCUCAGGAGCCCGACAAGGCGGUGAGCCGAGUGGGAUCGGGGCAGGACGGAAACAGCUGGCUCGGAGCCGCCGCCAACUUCCUGUCCCGCUCCUUCUACUGGUGACCGGGCGGAAGGGUCGGCGCUGCCCCGCGGCCCCGCCUCCCCCCGUCGGACCUUCGUCCUCGUCUCAGAACAAAAACUCACAGCUGCCAAAUCAGGAUGUUCAGCUGGAGAGACGACGCAAAGUGUGAAAUGUUGCCGUGGAAACCGUUUCCUCCUGGGGUCCCACGCUCAGUCUGACCUGCACGUGGCGACGUCCUCUCCGUGAACCAGUCCUUGUGUUACAAACCAAAAUGUCUUAACAGACAGGAAGUGAACAAACGCCGAGUCAGAACAAACGAGACUCCUCCUCCUUUAUACUGUUUAUUAUUUAUUCGCCCUCGUGCCGUUUGACGUGUUGGAGCGGCGGCGGGGAGCCGUGCCUUUCAGUUUCUCUGAUCACAAACUUCCUGCUGCUUCCUUUGGGGCUGCAGAGAUCGACCAACACGAGCGAGAGAAGAAGAGGUGGUUAAACACUGCGCCGGGCCGAGCGUUUCCUGUAAUGUCUGAGCGCGGGCUCGUAACGUGAGCCGCGUGUCGGGGUCAGAGGUGAACGACUGUUCCGCUCAUAUGUGGCAGAUGUGUUAACGUGAGGAAGGACAUAACCACAGCUCAGUCAGCUGAGACCCCUCAGGGCUUUGUGCCGCGUGCUGGGGACACGGAGCAGAUCAUGGCUGCGUCAUUAGAGGAGCACGCGGCCGCUUUAACCCUCUGCUGCAGAGGCGUUUACUGACCUGCAGGGUCAGAAGCACAGGUUGGAGCUGCGGGGGUUUGCACAGGUAAAAAAAAUGAAGCUGCUGCUCCAUCAGUCAGCCCUCGGGGUUUCCACGGGAACCAUCACGUACCUUGGCUAACUUCAGCUAUAAAACUCCUGACUCGUGUCCCUGUGGGCAGACAGCUCACAGCUUCACUGAGAGCUCAGAGGACUUCAUGUUCCUGCUGUCCACUGUUGUGCAAGUUCCACUGACCAACCACGUUUGACCUGUGGUCCUCGUGGAGUGGAAGAACGUGUGGAGACGGCAGCAGUCGCCUGAAAAGAAUCCAGCUUUUAAAUGUGUUCAGCUGAUGAACAGGAGGUGACCUGAUGAUUCCAGACUUGUGUGUGUGUGUGUGUGUGUGUGUGUGUGUGUGUGUGUGUGUCGUCCCCACACACCCAACCACCUCCAAAUCAGGACAGGAACGUUUGCAGUUAUUCAAACAGGCGGUCCGACACGGUGCCUGGGUCCUUGCUCCGGCUGUGAUGAGAUGCACGAGCCUUUCUACACUCAUGUCCACCAUCACGCCGCCCGCUGCCGUCACGUUUAGCAGAGAGCGUCAGUUUAAAAGCUGCAGGCCAAUCAGAGAAACUGAAAGGUCACAGGUUUGAUUGCCGACCACCGUCGUGUUUAUGGAGACCAAAGGGUUGGAAUCACCACCUUUUUUUUAUUAAACAUGGUUUAAUGUGAGGCUGCUGAGUGUAAACGGCGUGCGUGUUACUCUGUGGACGACGCGGGGAACAGGAGCACGAUCCAGUGACCGCUCGCUCCGAGCAUCAGGUCCAAGGAGCUUUAACGAGCUCGUUAAAGAAUCAAAGCACAGUCGAUUGGAGUGAAAUUUGCAGAACUUUUGACAGUCUGACAUCAUUUCCUGUUUCCCCUGAACGCUCGCUCACGCUGUGGUUUCCGCUCAGCGGCCAAUCAGAAGCUUCAUUGUUGAUAUUUCAGAGUGAAACAAACUGAUUUGAUUGGCAGUGGAAGUGACCUUUGACCUCCAUAUACAGAUUUCUGCUGUCGUCUCAUUCUGUGUUGAUUGUGUACCUGCCAGGUGUGCUCACGACUCCACCCACAGAACGCACGGUCCAAUCACAUUCAGAGUAGCCUGUUGAAUCCAAACGCGGUGUCGGCUGAAUCUAGGACAGCAGGUAAAUGCAUCGGUGAUGUCAUUGGCGUUUCCAUGGAAACGCUGUAUAAAACGCCCCGUCGUAGAGCCUCCACAGAGCGUCGAGCUCCAACCCUCGGGUUCCUGAGGAUGUCCCGCUCUGAUGGUAACCACGGGACCGCUGAAGCCGCCUCUUCCCGAGGAGGGCGACGCCCCGCCUCCAGGUUCUUGACUGAUGUGUUGUGUGACAUCACGGUUCUGCCGCCUCGCUAAACGCUCGUGUUAAAGCCGAGCUCUGAGCACUGCGGCGUUUUACAGCGUUAUUACAGGUCAUGUGACCGAAGCAUCUUUAAAACAACACCCAGCGCACAUGGGUGAGCUGUUCUCCACCCGUGCGCGCUCUUCUCCACCCGUCCGCGCUCUUCUCCACCCGUGCGCGCUCUUCUCCACCCGUGCGCGUCUUCUCCACCCGUGCGCGCUCUUCUCCACCCGUGCGCUCUGCUCUUGUUUCCUCUGCUCAGGUCAAAGUGUGAAGUUUCACAUGUGUCAGAAAUAAAAGCUUUUCUUCGAUGUUGUGUUGACGUCAUGUUUUUGUUUUCUUCGCUGAAACCAGCUGAAACUCGUGCAUUUUCUUCAUCGUGUGUUCAUCGUGAUGUGUGUUGCCGUAGAAACGGUCUGUGUGGUGACUGCUGAAUAAAAACUGGUGAACCUCGC